UGUCAGUGCGCAUGUUUUUGUUUUUAAAUGCAAAAUGAUUUCAUGUUUUGUAAACAAAAAUGUGAAUUUGAUCAAGUCUGCAGGAAAAGGAAUGAUUCUUAAUUUAAACUCAGUAUUGUUUAAAAUAUAGCACCGAUUUCAAAGAUAUGGUGUACACUGUUAAUGGACUAUAUCGUGACAGUACCGCGCAAGGCGUAUCAGUUGAAGCUGUACAGAAAAGAACAAGGGCACUGACAAGGUUGCGCAUACUCUGCAUUGCUUCGAUCCUAGUUUCUUUUUGCAACAUUCCGGUGGGUAUUGUGAUACUCACUAACAGGGGUGACAUGGAAUUUCCUCUUACUUCUGGAGCUCCAAUAUGGUCGGGGGCAUUGGUCCUCGUCUGUUCCAUACAUGGACUCAAGGUAUCCAGGAUGGAAGUAGAGUACGAACACGUGCCUUCCCCACGUGAUUCUCUACAU